AGCCGGCGCCGUCUCUGCCCCGGGGCGCCCUAUGGCUUGAAGGAGGUGUGCCCUAUUCAUUGAUUGGACAUGGCAUCACAUUCAUCCCAAAUGGCAUCAAUUGGCGGUUUUCGGUUUGGGGUAGCAAAGUACCUGGAAGUCACGUGCUUUGUAUGGAAUGCCUUGGAAUGCAGAUAAGUUUAAUUCUAUUGUGUAAAAUAUGAAGACUUUUGUUAGCUGAAAAGCCAACUAUAUUAUCCGUGCAUUAUGCUUCAGUCACAACCAAAAUUCAGGCUGUCAAGUUCAUCAACUCCUGAUGCCUCCCAACUCUGCUCCUGAGCCCCUCUGGUCCCUUUUCUCUGUGAAUAUGCCACACCAGCCUCCCAGAGUCCCAGGCAGAAAUCCUCGUGUUACCCUUGACUCCUUAUCUCCCUGCUUGUCCCGUACCCACUUUUGCCCCACAUCUAUGCAAGGACCAAGGACCAUGAAAUUGACUUCCAGUUUAACUCCUGAUUCUGAACAGGUCUCUCCAUCCUCAUUCCCACUAUCUUCAUUCAGAUGACCACAAUUUCUAACCUAAAUUACAGCCAAAACGUCACUCCCCUCUGAGCUCUGUUCUACAUCAUACACCUUUCUAGAACACCAGUCCAAUAGGGUCAUGUCUCUGGGCCCAACCUCUCAGUGACUUUCCAGCUGACAAGACUCAAUCUGGCCUACAAAUGUCCCUGCGGUUUAAUUAUCCUCAACAUUACUGCCAUACCCUACAUUUUUGGCCAAGCAGAAUUGCUGUUUGAUGAUUUGGGACCAUGUCAUAUUGUCUCUCUGGAACACGCCCCGCCUCAACCCCUCUCAUUUCGCAGGCUAAGUUCUCCUUCUACUUCAUCCCAGAUGAUACUUACUUCAAGACACCUUUCCCCUCCAUGGGAUGAGAUGCCCAUUCUGCAGGGCUCUCACUGCCUGCAUCCUGCCAAACCUCAUCAUCUCUUAUCUGGAUUCCUGCUACAGCCUCCCAGCUGGUGCCCUGCUUCCACUCUGGGUCCCUCCUCUUCGUUCUCCACAAUGCUGUCAGCAUCACCUAUUUGAAAGGCAAAUCAGAUCAUGUGGCUCCUGCUGCCCUUAGGAUCAAGUAUAAACUCCUACCAUGACCUUUAUGGCCCUCUAUGAUCUUGCCUAUUGCAACCUCCCCAGACUCAACCCUUGCCAGGUCCCUCCGCAUCCGCUAUCCAGAAUCUCUUUCAGGCCCUCUACCUGUUCUCUACCUCUGUGCUUUGCAUAUACUGCUUCCAAUGUCUAGACCUUCCAUUGACUCCCAGUUCUUUACCUGGCUAAUUCCUACACAUCCUUCAGGUGUCUGUCUGUUGAACAUGACUUCCUCUAGAAAGCCUUCCCUGAAUACCUGAACUUCCCUGAAUUCCCUGAAUACCUGAGGCUAUGUAUCUCUCUCCCUGUUCCAUUUCCUACUAACUAUCACCCAUAGAUGUAAUUGCUUGAUUAAUUGGCUGUUGCUUCUCCUAGAAUGUGAUCUGCAGAGCCAUGUAUAUUUUGUUCCUGCUUAUGUUUCUAGAACUAUAUAAAACAAUGCUUAAUAAAUAUUUAUAGAAUCAAGAAUGAAUGAAUACCCAUUUCUGUUUUGAUGACUGGAAGGUAGCAAGCCUGGUUCACUCAAGUGUGUGGGGCAUGGGUCAUGCUUAAGAAGUGUUUGUUAAAUGAAUAAAUAAAUGAUGGAUCAGCUCUGUUCAAGCUCAUCUUAUUAUAUGUUUAAAAAAAUUUGUGCUUGCUCAUUUGUCCUACUAGCUGUAAAAACUUGCUAGCAAAAGAGUGGCAGAAGGCCCAACAUUUUAAGAAAAUUCUUAGCCGUAAAUCUUAAAAUCCCGAGUUGGAGAAUUCUCAUUAUUAAAUGCCAGGAGUUGGUCUUCUCCCUGGAGACCUCUGCAAGAGGCCCACCCACUGACACCCUGUGUCCGUUUUUCCUGGCCAGAGCCUGGCCACCCAGUGGCUCCGCCGCCCCGAUGGAUCCACUGAAUCUGUCCUGGUACGAUGAUGAUCUGGAGAGGCAGAACUGGAGCCGGCCCUUCAACGGGUCGGACGGGAAGGCAGACAGACCCCACUACAACUACUAUGCCACGCUGCUCACCCUGCUCAUCGCGGUCAUCGUCUUCGGCAACGUGCUGGUGUGCAUGGCCGUGUCCCGCGAGAAGGCGCUGCAGACCACCACCAACUACCUGAUCGUCAGCCUCGCGGUGGCCGACCUCCUCGUGGCCACACUGGUCAUGCCCUGGGUUGUCUACCUGGAGGUGGUAGGUGAGUGGAAAUUCAGCAAGAUUCACUGUGACAUCUUCGUCACUCUGGACGUCAUGAUGUGCACGGCGAGCAUUCUGAACUUGUGUGCCAUCAGCAUCGACAGGUACACAGCUGUGGCCAUGCCCAUGCUGUACAAUACGCGCUACAGCUCCAAGCGCCGGGUCACCGUCAUGAUCGCUAUCGUCUGGGUCCUGUCCUUCACCAUCUCCUGCCCACUCCUCUUCGGACUCAACAACACAGACCAGAACGAGUGCAUCAUUGCCAACCCGGCCUUCGUGGUCUACUCCUCCAUCGUCUCCUUCUACGUGCCCUUCAUCGUCACCCUGCUGGUCUACAUCAAGAUCUACAUUGUCCUCCGCAGACGCCGCAAGCGAGUCAACACGAAGCGCAGCAGCCGAGCUUUCAGGUCCCACCUGAGGGCUCCACUAAAGGGCAACUGUACUCACCCCGAGGACAUGAAACUCUGCACCGUUAUCAUGAAGUCUAAUGGGAGUUUCCCAGUGAACAGGCGGAGAGUGGAGGCUGCCCGGCGAGCCCAGGAGCUGGAGAUGGAGAUGCUCUCCAGCACCAGCCCACCCGAGAGGACCCGGUACAGCCCCAUCCCGCCCAGCCACCACCAGCUGACUCUCCCCGACCCGUCCCACCACGGUCUCCACAGCACUCCUGACAGCCCAGCCAAACCAGAGAAGAACGGGCAUGCCAAAAACCACCCCAAGAUUGCCAAGAUCUUUGAGAUCCAGACCAUGCCCAAUGGCAAAACCCGGACCUCCCUCAAGACCAUGAGCCGUAGGAAGCUCUCCCAGCAGAAGGAGAAGAAAGCCACUCAGAUGCUCGCCAUUGUUCUCGGCGUGUUCAUCAUCUGCUGGCUGCCCUUCUUCAUCACACACAUCCUGAACAUACACUGUGACUGCAACAUCCCGCCUGUCCUGUACAGCGCCUUCACGUGGCUGGGCUAUGUCAACAGCGCCGUGAACCCCAUCAUCUACACCACCUUCAACAUUGAGUUCCGCAAGGCCUUCCUGAAGAUCCUCCACUGCUGACUCUGCUGCCCGCCCGCACAGCAGCCUGCUUCCCGCCUCCCUGCCCAGGCCGGCCGGCCUCACCCCUGCGAACCGUGGGCAGGAAGGCCCGGGUGGACCAGUCUCCUCUUCACCCCGGCAGGCCCUGCAGUGUUCACUUGGCUCCGUGCCCCUCACUGCCCGCACACCCUCACUCUGCCAGGGCAGUGCUAGUGAGCUGGGCAUGGUACCAGCCCUGGGGCUGGGCCUCCCAGCUCAGGGGCAGCUCAUAGAGUCCCCCUUCCCACCUCCAGGCCCCCUAUCCUUGGCACCAAAGAUGCAGCCGCCUUCCUUGACCUUCCUCUGGGGCUCUGGGGUUGCUGGAGCCAGAGUCAGGGCCCAGAGGCUCAGUUUUCUCUGUUUGUGGGGCUUGGCAUGGAGCAGGCGGUAGGGGGAGAUGAACAGUUCACACCCUGCAAGGCCCACAGGAGGGAAGCAAGCUCUCUCGCCGAGGAGCCAGGCAACUUCAGUCCUGGGAGACCCAUGUAAAUAUCAGACAGCAGGAUGGACCCCAGAGAUUGCCAAGCCAAAAACCUUAGCUCCCUCCCACACCCCAAUGUGGACCUCUACUUUCCUGGUGAGUCCGGACCCGCCUCAUCCCGUUACAGCUCCCCAAGUGGUUUCCACAUGCUCUGAGAAGAGGAACCCUCAUCUUGAAGGGCCCAGGAGGGUCUAUGGGGAGAGGAACUCCUUGCCCUAGCCCGCCCUGCUGCCUUCUGAUGGCCCUGCAAUGCAUCCCUUCUCACAGCACUUACUGGCCAGCCUGGGGCCUGGCGGGGAGGUCAGGCCCUGGAACUCUAUCUGGGCCUGGGCUAGGGGACGUCAGAGGUUCUUUGAGGGGCUGCCUCUGCCACACUCGGACGCAAAACCACUUUCCUUUUCUAUUCCUUCUGGCCUUUUCUCUCUCCUGUUUCCCUUCCCUUCCACUGCCUCUGCCUUAGAGGAGCCUAAGAGGCUGCUGAAAACCAUUUGGCCUGGCCUGGUCCUGCCCUGAGGAAGGAGGGGAAGCUGCAGCUUGGGAGAGCCCCUGGGCCCCAGACUCUGUAACAUCACUAUCCAUGCACCAAACUAAUAAAACUUUGACGAGUC